AUGGAGCAACAGCUCGUCCGGUUGCUCACGGAAACUCAAUCCUCGCAAGAGGCGCCAAGGACGAACGCAGAGUGGCAGCUCAAGCAGCUCUAUAGCAAUCCAGAACUGCCACUGGCCCUCACCUCGAUCGCUGGUCAUGGCGAUGUACCUGUGAACAUACGUCAAUCAGCCCUGCUCACGCUCAAACUGUUCGUGCAGGCUUGCUGGUCACCGCAGUUCGACGAAUUCAAUGGCCAGUUCUUCGCGGACGAUAGCCGAAAGGUGCAGAUACGGCAGAGAUUGCUGCAUCUAGCACUGAGUGAAGGGGACGAAAGAAAAGUCAAAAGUGCGGCAAGCCUUGUCGUAAGCAAGAUCGCAACUGCGGACUUUCCGGACGAGUGGCCUGACCUGUUAUCGACCGUACUCAAUGUGGUCGCUUCUGGAACCGAUCUGCAAUUGCACGGUGCCCUGAAGGUACUGCUGGAGCUUGUAGACGAUUGCUUCAGUGAAGAUCUGUUCUUCAAAGUUGCAGGAGACGUGGUACGAGUUGUGCACGGCGUGGCGGUCAACGAACGCCGGUCACCUACCAUGCGCGCACUGGCUGUGUCUGUUUUUCGAUCAUGCUUCGACACCCUUGAAAUGGUGAUGGAGGAUCAUAAGGCAGAGGUCAAAGGUUUCGCCGAACGGGCGAUGGGUGGCUGGAUGCCAUUCUUCAUCAGUACCCUAAAGGUCUCACUCCCACCGGCACCUUCAGACGAGGAAGAGGACCAAGUUACAGGUGCACCAGAGCUCUACCGCGGUUCGGUGGCGUUGAAAAUGCAGGUGGUGAAAGUGCUCAUGCGAAUACGGUCGCUCUUUCCUGCAGCGCUAUCGCCUCACAGUCAAGCGCUCUUUUCUGCGACCUGGUCUGAGCUGUCAACGUUGCAGUCACAGUAUCAGCAGAUGUACAUUGAUGAUGACAGACAAGGUCGAUUGGAAGACGCCGAUGGUUUACCGUACACGCUGGACUUUCUGGUGCUUGAGGAGCUCGACUUCAUGCAGGCAUGCCUACGUGCGCCGCCAGUCCGAAAGGAGCUUGAACAGCAGCUACAGGACCGAAGCUCUGUGGCGGGCAGUUGGAUGACCGAGGUGCUGAAGAUCGCAGUUGCAUAUGCUCAGAUAACCACGGAAGAAGAAGGACUGUGGGACAUUGAUGUCAAUGUCUUCCUCUCCGAGGAAGCCAACGUGACCGCUAAUUAUACGCCCCGAACGGCUUGCGGUGACUUGGUGAUCAAGCUUGGCGAGUGGCUUAAUGCUGCAACUGUCGAAGGCCUACUUGCUUACACGCGUGCACUGUACACUGAGCACGCAAACUGGAAGUUGAAGGAGGCGGCGUUGUACCUUCUAAACCAGCUGCUUGGUGACUUUCAAGACGUGGAGAAGAAGAUAGGCGCCGAGGCUGCAAAAGGCUAUGUCGACUUCAUUCAGCAUGCUGUCCAGGAAGAAGCUGUCUUCCUCCGCGCAAGAGGCUACCUCGUGGCUGGCAGUCUUACACGCACAUCUGGCGAUGCGUUACAACCUGUUGCGGCGAGCUUCAUGGAAGCCUCAUUGCAAGCGAUCAAUGGCGACCCGUCGGAGAUUGUCAAGGUCUCCUGCAUACGAGCGCUGCAAUACUAUCUGGCUUCACUACCCACCACGAUCACCCUGCCGAAGCAAGCUGCUAUCAUUGCAGCUCUGACCAACUUUUUAAACACACAAGAUCUGAGCGACCUUGCAGAUAGCGACGAUUUACUGAUCGCGAUUAUCGAGACACUGCGUGAUGCGAUACUGCAGGACACAAGCACAUGUCUCUCCAAUGGUGGCAUUGAUCUUCUGUUUACGGUCGCCAGCCGAGGCGCAAGUAAUUUCCAGAUAGCCUUGCUCGUAACGGAGACGUUCGAGGAAGUAGCGAGCACUGUCUCAGCCGCUGGAAGUCAAGAAUUUGCUCUGUUGUCAGCGAAGGUCUUGCCCUCGCUGAUGGGCGCCUUCGAUGUAGCGACUCUGACGGAAGAGAAUGGGCUCGCGAAUUUGGCCGCAGAAUUGCUCUCCGUGCUUGCGGCCAACGGCUCAUCGCCUCUACCGCGAGGGAUGGUGGCGUCAGUCAUGCCAAGGCUGAACCGGCUACUGCUAGGUUCACAGGAUGAGGAGCUGCUCAAGUCUGCAACCGCUGCGAUCAAGCAUAUGCUGCACCACGACCCCGAGCAAGUCUUCAACUUCCAGGAUGGAGCCGGAAAGCAUGGCCUGGAGGUUGUACUCGUCAUCAUUGAUCGUCUGCUGAACCCAGCUGUGGAUGACAAUGGCGCUGCAGAAGUUGGUGGUCUGGCUGCGGAGGUGGUGGAGAAGGCUGGUUCGGACAGACUAGGUCCGUAUCUGAUGCAGCUGCUACGGGCAGUCGCGGCAAGGCUGGCUACUGCCGAGCAGGCGGCUUUCAUACAAAGUCUGAUUCUUGUCUUUGCACGCUUGUCACUUACCGCGGCUCAGGAUGUCGUUAGCUUCCUGGCAGACGUGCGUAUUGGGGCCGACAGCGGGCUGCAGGUCGUCAUGAGCAAGUGGUUAGAAAACUCCAUCACAUUUGCUGGAUACGACGACAUACGGCAGAACGUGGCCGCCCUCACAAAGCUCUACAGCCUCCACGACCCCCGCAUCGAACAGAUCCGCGUCAAGGGUGACUUGAUCGUGUCGAAGACAGACAGCAACCGCAUCAUGACCCGCUCCCGCGCCCGUCAGCAGCCCGAGCAAUACACCAUGAUCUCUGCGCAACUUAAGAUCGUCAAAGUUUUAAUUGAGGAGCUGCUCUCCGCCUCCGGCUCCAGUCGUGCGUUGGACACCGCAGAUGCUGCUGAGUUCGAGGAAGACGGAGACGACGAAGGCGAGUGGGAGGACGAUCCGAAUGACUUCGUCGAUCUCGGUUCCGGUAUGACGAAGGCGCAAUUGAUGGCGUUGGGUGACAACGACGAAGGUCCGUCGAGAGGAAGAGAUGACGAGACGCAAGCGUUGCUGCUGCAUUUCUUCAAGGAGCAAGCGUCCAGGCCGGAGUUCGGACAGGUGUUUCAGGCGCUGACAGAGGAAGAGAUGGAAAAGUUGAGGAGUCUGAGCGCUUGA